AUGUCCAUCUCUGAAGAUCUUUUAGAAUAUGUGGACUGUUCAAAAAGUGUGAAAGUCAAGAAUUAUUCCAUCUCUGAUACACCUGAAGGACAAACCUCUUGGCUGGCUCCUAGAGCUAUAUCAUCUCUUGGCCUUCAGAAGGAAAUUGGUGGUAGUGGCCGUGGUGGUGGUGGCAACACGAGCAGUGGCAGGAAUAUUAACGGUUGUAGUAGAUCUGAGCUUACCUUCACUUGUCUCUCUGAUGUUGAAAACUUUAAGAAAGCUUGCACCAGCAAACUGGUAAAGCCUCCAACAGUGAUUGGUCAAUUCCACACCCUUUUCUUUGGAUCCGUCCGAAUGUUCUUCCUUGGGGUGCUGGGCUUUGCAGUCUAUGGGAAUGAGGCUUUACACUUCAGCUGUGAUCCAGACAAGAGGGAAAUAAAUCUCUUCUGUUACAAUCAGUUCAGGCCAAUCACUCUACAAGUGUUCUGGGCAUUACAACUAGUGAUCGUCCUGGUUCCUGGAGCUAUUUUCCAUCUUUAUGCUGCAGGUAAAAGCAUCAGUCAAGAAUGCAUUCUUCAAAAGCCCAUUUAUACUGUGAUUUAUAUCCUUUCUGUUUUACUAAGAAUUAGUCUAGAGGUCAUAGCAUUUUGGCUUCAGAUUCGCCUCUUUGGUUUCCAAGUAAAAUCUCUUUACCUGUGUGAUGCUAGAUCUCUUAAGGGAAGAAAUAAUAUCAUAACAUGCAUGGUGCCAGAACACUUUGAAAAGACCAUUUUUCUCGUUGCAAUGUAUACAUUUACUGUCAUCACAAUGGUAUUAUGUGUUGCUGAGAUUUUUGAGAUCAUAUUUAGAAGAUUAUGCUCUCUAAUUUAG